UAACUUUAUAACCUUCAAACUAUAUAUUCUGUGUACAGUUCUACUAACGUUACUAAUUCCUACUGUAGUAAUGAAUUGCUUAUGAUGAAUGGUUUGUUCAGGUUGUUAUAUCAAUACAAUCUUUGAUCUAAAGAAGUUAUUACGGAUAAAGAAUAUGUUUGGAAAUUAAUAGAGUGUGGCAUCUGAUAAAACAAUGAGUUGAUUAGCUACACCAUAUAAUUAUAGGGGAUAAUUGUUUAUUUCAUUUUCGUGUUAAUUUCGACCUAUGGAAAAUGCAUCAACCAAGGCAAGUAAUUGUGGAAUUCGACAAGAAUUUAAAGAUUUGGAGCUAUAUCUUGUCAUUUAAAAGAAUAGAAUAAUUUCCUAAGACAUGAUGACCGUUUACUCCUCUUAAAGGCCUCCAUUUUUGUGGAGCUACAAUGUUUAAUUUUGCCAAAUAAUGUGAUGCUGUGUAUUUUUAUUGCGAUAUAUUGCUAGUGACGUAUUAUGAGAAGAAAUUUAAUAGUUUUGAUGAAAUUAGGAUUGUUGAUCAUUAGCAUCCAGGGAACAUAUGGUAUAAAGUGUUGGAAAUGUAUCUCUGAUGACUGCGAUGGUGAUCCAGAGAAUAAUUAUAAAGCGGAGAAGGUCUCGUGUAAGAAAGGGGAAAGUUGUUUGAAAGUUCUAUACCAAAUGCAUGACAACAAGACGCGAUAUGAAUCCGUCAUUAGAACAUGUUCUUCAGGAGAAUGUGUACCCACUCCUUUGUACGAAUAUGAUGAAUGUUUGUCAAAAGACCAUGGUUACCUAGUACUUGGCUGUUCUAUGAGAUUAUGUUGUCAUGAAAGCAUGUGCAACUCUAGUCAUGUCUACACCAUCUAUGUCCCUGUAUUAUUGUGCCUUUCCCUAUUUAUACAAAUGAUAUAAUAUAAUUUCCAAUUUAAGGCUACAUGUAUGUUCGUUUAUGUAAUUAUUUGUAUAAAGAUUUUAAUUGCUUUUGUGUGCAAUUAUGAUGACGGUUUUACUGAAGCAGCUUUCAUUUGUAUCUGAUUUUAUAUUUAGGCUGAUUUAUUUUAUUGAACAUUUAUUAAGCAUUUAGUGGUAAGGUAUCACUUUUACCGUUUAAUGGUACCUCUGUUUUUGUCGUCUUUUAUACAAUGAACCAUUUUAUCGACAACUAUAUUGCUCUUUUGAAACUCAUUUUUACCGUUUCCUUCUUAUAGCAUGCGUUAUACAACUGACUGAGAUAAUAACAAAAAAAGGUAAUGGUUGAAUACGUAAACAAAACUUAUUCAUAAUUGCCGACGUCUAUGAACCUGUUAGAAGCCUCGUCAGUCUUGUGAGACUGGUCUAUCUUUGAGAAAUUGAUUCUUGUGGCAGAUCUUUCAAAUUGGUAGUCUUGUAAUUUGUCCACACUUGGACCGAUUAAGAUGCUUAUUUCUGGUUAAAAAACUUGCCACUGAUGAACAUAUAUUUGACCAAGAUGACUAAGUGGUUAAUUUUUUUGUUAAUAAAUGUUUUACUUAUCUGCUUAAA